GCGCGUCUUUCUGUAUACAAAGAGCAACAGCAAGAGAGAGGGAACGGCAGUAGCGUGUUUUUUGGGGGGGCUUAUGGGGGAAGUCUCUACUUGGUCUUUAUUUUAUUUUUAGUAACACCAUCGAGUGACGGAUUGUGUCAUUCGCUCCCUUACAGUGGUGGCAUUUCCACAUUACCGCCCUCCUAUUUGUGGCGCUGCUAUAUACCUCCAAAAAGAGGGGGGGAAAGAAGUCAUUAGCAGCUCAGUCGAAGCAAUGAAUGGAAGCGGCUCGGACGUGUUGGGGCAGCAGCAGCAGCAGCAGGAAGAAGACGAUUUACGUCUGAAAGUUGGUGCCAUCGUAGCGUACGAGUGCCUGCUGGAUGACACCAUCGGUACAACGUCGUGGCGCAUCGGUGCCGUCCGCGCCCUCGCCACCCCCGCUGUUUGCACCUCGCCGUCGGACGGCUUCAACCCGACGAGCGAGCCCGUGAAAGGCAACUCGAACACCGCCGAGGAGGAGGGAGAGGGGAGUGGUGCUCUCGCGGCGUCGGAGAAGCCCAUGACGCCGUCGCCGCCAUCUCCCCCAAUCCCACGUACGCAUCUGACCUCCUCCUUGUCGUCCAUUACGCUCACGCGCAAGACAACGUGCCAGACGGCUGAAAUUCAGCCGUGGAUAUCACUCGCCACAGCGACGCCAGCAGCGUACCGCAGUCACAACAAAGACGAAGAAGGCGACUACAACAGCUGCAGUGUGGGGCCGGCGAUGACGAACGGCGAGUCACUUUCCCCAUCCUCCGUCGCCGUUGGUGCAGCUGGUGCGGCUGGUGGCUCUCCCCGUCUUCUCUCUGCAGGGGGUCCGUCCGCGUGUUUGGCGGAGAUGAACGCGGUGCAGACGUCACUGAAGGAGGAGAAGGAGAAGGAGGAGGGCAUGCCGCUUUCCGCCCACAGUGACGCGCCGUCCGGUGCGGAGGAUGACGAAGACCGCCUGGCGAAGGCGCUGUCGGCGGCGUACACGCGUGUGCUGACGGCCACCACAAGUCGCGAUGGCGAACGGGGUCGAAGCACCUCGAGCGCUAUCAGCGAGGCCUCCGCUGCGGUGGCCGCCGACCCGUCGCUGCAACGACAAAUUGAGGCGAAGCGGGCUGAAUUUCGCGUGCGCAUUGAGCAGACUCUUGCGGAUCUGCAGCAGACGCGACAGCAGCAGCACGACCUCCAGAAAGCGCAGGAGAAAGCGCAGACGCAGUUGCAGCACGCACGGCAGCAUCUUCGGGAGGCACAGGAGAAGGUGCAGGAAAUCGAUGUUCGCGCCUUAAAGGAGAUCCAGGGCUAUCGCCUACCGCCGGCGGUGGUGCAGCUCGUUAUGAGUGCGGUGUUGUGUGUGUUGGGGGAGAAGGCCUCUACCUGGUCGGAGGUGGUGACGGUGAUGCGCACGCCUUCCUUCAUCGCGCGGGUGGCGCUGUACGACCCGGCGCAGCUCACCCAAGCCCGCCUUGAGGAAGUGAAGAAGAAGUACAUUGCGGAGCGGAACUUCUCGCACGCGGUGGCGAUGAAGGGCAGUCAGGCUCUGGGUCAGUUUCAGGAGUGGGUGAUGCGGCAGGCGCAGCUCGCCGACGCCGACGGGAGCCUCGCGAGGUUUCUCGCGCAAAAGGAGUCGAGCACCGCCGCCUUGGCCGUGGCGCGGCAGAAAAUAGCGGCGGGCGCGGCGGAGUUGGAGUGCUUGGAGGCGGAGCUGGACGCCCUCCUCCACGAACAGGGGCGGCAGCAGCAGCAGCAGCAGCAGCAGAAGGAAGAGGAGGAGGAGGAGCUGCGGAAGAGCACCGGCGGUGUCAUCUCCGCUAAUGGGGCAGCGGUGCCGUCGCCACGUCCUCCUGAAGCUGGUGCCCAGCAACGAGGUACACCGAAAGAACCGCAAGCGUCACAACAGCAGCAGCCCACCACCACCACGAAUUCGUCACCAGCCACCCCGCGCUCACGCUCACGGCAGCUCUCCCCAAGGUUCGCAAAAGACAAGCUUUCCUUUGGCUCACCCAUCCCGACCACCUCCGCUGUUGCGUCUUCCACCACGCAGACGCCGCCCGGCGCGAACAACACCGUCGGCCAACCGCAACAACAGCUGCAUGUCUCGCCGCUCCCCCCUCCCGGCUCCCAAUGGCUCUGCCCUCCGGCAGGGGCGGUCCACAACACCUACGUCCUGCGAAGCAGUAUUCUGUGUGUGCUGGGAUACACAUCCAGCGACGACGCGGUGCCGUUAGCAGGCUCCGUGUUUACGCUCACCAACAAGCAGCAGCAGCUGGUGUGCGAGGCGAUGGAGAAGCCCCUCCACGCGCGUCCACUUGUGCCACUGACGGCGAAGGAGGCGGCGGCAGAAAGGGUACGCGCCGUCCUCCAGCGCCUGCUGCAGCGCAUCGCCCGCCACGCUGGCCGGGUGGCACACGUCACACCGCACGUGCAGGCUGCCCAGCACCCACUCCACGCCCGUCACGGCGCGGUUCGGCACUUGGCAGAUGGCGGCGACGUCGUCGACAAUGGCGCGGCGCAGCUCCUCCGGCGAGUCCUCCAACACCAUCUCCCAGUCCUCCCCUUCGAAGGACACGGUGUGGUGCGUCGUGACGGUGGAAGGGCGCGCUGCUUCCAGACCGUGAUGGCGCACUACGAAGGUCGUCAGCAACGUCGUUCCCAGCGGGAGGCGGAAGCUGCGAUCGCCGCGCAGCAGCGACAGCACAUGAAAGAUCUCAAGCAACAGCUGCUAGAUGCCCUCGCUGCGCAGACGUCGCAGCAGAACACUGUGCAGGGGUUGGAGCUCACCCACACGGCAGCGCUUCAGCAGGCACAGCAAACACAGCAGCAGCACGCAGCGGAGGUGAAGGAGGCAGAGAACGCCGCCGCCGAAGCCGAACGCCAGCUACACGCCGCGCACGCCGCCCUGCAAGAGCAAGCGAAGAUGCAUCAGGAGGAAGUCGAGAAACUGCUAGGCCAGCUGGCACAGCGCGAGGAGGCACUUCAUCAGCUGCAGGAGGCUCACACGUCUGCUCAAGCGGCGGUGCGACGGUGCGAGACAAGGGUAAAGCAGCAGCAGGAGGGGGACGAAGCGCAGCCGCGAGAGCUGACGCAGCGAUGGGGUCAAGUCCAGGUCCAGGACACACACUCGAAGCUAGUGGAGGCGCUGCAGGCACAACUGCACGCAACGGAAACUGCGAGCAGCUCAUCGAGACUGGAGCAACAGCGUCACGCCGACGCCGCAGCCGCAGCCGCCGUGCGACGCAAUGAAAGGCGUGCCGCGUUGGAGGACAUCAGCCACAAGAUACAAAUACUCGCCAAACGCAUGCCGGUCAUUCCUUCAGGGCCGUCCACGGCAAAGAGCAACGAAGGGACUGCAGCUCAGCCGCAGCACGUCAACCCAGCAAAAGUGGCGCUCGGGCGCGAACUCGCUGUGCAACUCCACGCGAUGACGAAGGAAAAGGCCGACGUCGCCGCGGCCGUGGCGCAGUCUCGCCGGGCCACCACCCAUCAUCAACGCGCCGUGGAGGCGGCGGCGGCGGAGGUGCAGCGGCGACGUCGUGCGCUGCAUGAAGCGGUAGGCGGCGGAACGGGCUCGAUGGCCUCCACGGCGAGCGCCGGCAAUGAGGAGGAGCAGGAUGGGCUGGCCGCGUUGUACGCCGAAGUCGCCGCCGCGUCGCAGCGCUGCACCGCCUCUAUGCAGAACUUAACCGUGCAAGAAGAACAGCGGCUGCAGGCGUGUGCGGAGGAAGAGGCUGAAGUGUCCAGGAUUCUACAACGCAUGAAUGCGUCGGGGAGUCGUGACGCCGUGGCGCAGCUCAUGCGGGAGGUGCACAACCGGGCCACGAGCAGUUUCUUGCAGCGCCAUCAAACAGCGUGGAUGAACACGUGCCUGUGUGGGCUUCUCUUCGCGGCGGUGGCAACGCUUCAGUACAAGAAGUACGCCGUUUAA